CUUGGAAGAGUCCAUCUCAUUCCACCCUCCACAUCUCACAGUCUCACAAAUCCCCCACCCCAAAACCCCCAAUCCUUUUAAAAAAUAAAAUAACCUACGUCACCGCCAUGUAACUUUAGCACACAGCCCCCCUUCUCACCGGCGGGUUAUUUUCAUCUUGUUUCCAUUAUUAUAACCACAUACAAAACCCAACCAAACAAAAAAUAAAAUAAAAGAAAAGAAAAGCUCUAUCGUUUCCACUCAUAAUUCAAAUAGAAGAGAGAGAGAAAAAAAAAAAAGUUUAUGGAGAAGAAGAAGAUGGGGUUUGAAGAGACGGAGCUCCGGCUAGGUCUACCCGGUAACAACAACAUCGGAAGCGGCGAAUUGGGAGAGGUGGCGGCUCGAAAACGAGGCUUUGCUGAAACUGUCAGCAGUGAGACCAUUUCGAAGGUUGAUCUCAAGCUCAAUCUUUCUUCGAAAGAAACUGUCGACGACGACGUUGCCAUCGAUUCCAACCCCGGAAACAAAGACAAAACCGUCCUUACCGCCGAUCCGGCCAAACCUCCGGCUAAGGCACAAGUCGUGGGAUGGCCACCCGUUCGAUCAUUCCGAAAGAACAACAUGUUGGCGUUCGUGAAAGUGAGCAUGGAUGGGGCGCCGUAUCUGCGCAAAGUGGACUUGAAGAUGUACAAGAGCUACAAACAACUCUCUGAUGCUCUUGCUGCCAUGUUUGGCUCCUUCACCACCAUUGGUAACUGUGGAUCUCAAGAAAUGAAGGAUUUCAUGAACGAGAGUAAAUUGAUGGAUCUUUUAAGUGGCUCUGAUUAUGUUCCAACUUAUGAAGACAAAGAUGGUGAUUGGAUGCUGGUUGGAGAUGUUCCGUGGGAGAUGUUUGUUGAAUCUUGCAAACGUCUACGCAUCAUGAAAGGAAAAGAGGCUAUUGGACUUGCACCAAGGGCUAUGGAGAAAUGCAAGAACAGAAGCUAAACAAGAAAAAAAAAAUGCUAAAGUCAGCUUCAAAGCCUGCAGCUUCUUCUGUCUCGAUUCGAUCUCGAGUCUUAACUUAUCUUAAUUAUUGAAACGUCGAUGAUCUAGAAAAAGUUUUGAUUCAGAUAAAAGGAUUUGAGGAAAGAAUAUGCAGGUUGUUUGUUUGGGUGUUUCAUAUAUAUAUAUCAUUAAGUUGUAAUAUUAUUCUAUAUACCAAGAUGUGAAAACCCUUUAAGUGGUAGUUUUAUAUUUGUCAUAUACAUACUUAUUUGUUUAAGUUCCAAGUCUACUUGGCUUGAUUUGUCUAACAACCUUUGUUUAAGUAUGGAUGGAUUUGGGUUUAAAUAAUAUAAACUCCAUGUUUGCUUGUAGUUA